UCUCUGCUCAGUGGGGAAAUUCCGCAUGGAUUCUGUUUAGUGGGAGAACGACGACAACGUGUGGGAGGCUGGAGGAAGCGGCGUGGCUUCAGAGCAGGGAAAUACCAGCAGCGCGCCGCAUGCUGCCUAUAAAAGUAGAUAGAGCGCGUUUCUUUUCCUUGCCACAGAUUCACAAUGAAGUCCGCACUUCAUGCCUCCUGCCUCUUACUGGCCUUCGCUGUCAGCACCCUGCUCUACAAAGCUCACGAUGGAGACAGCAUCCAUGUUCCAACAAGAUGCUGGUGUCCAGAGACGACCAAAAAAGUCAGAGGCCCCUUUGCAGAUUUUAUGGUCAUCAAAAAAGGAACACAUUGCAGUAAAGAUGAAAUCAUACUCACACUGAAAAAGGACGGCGGUACUGCUUGUCUGAGCCCAGAGGGCAGACAAGGCAAAACUCUGCUCAGGUGCUACGACAGGAUAAACAAAAGAGAAGGAAGUAAAAAGAGCUGCCUGCAAAGGAGGCGAAAGAGGACACAGCAGAAAAAGUCAUCUGGACAGACCCCAAAAGCAACUUCCUGAACCCCCAACAUGUCAGUCAUGUGACUGAUGGCAGAGAGAGGAAUUCUGGGAGUGACAUCUGACUGCAUCGGCAUGGUCACUCCACUGAACAGUGUCCUUACUUGAAUGUUUAGCUGCUGAGGCUUCCAAGGCUCUGUACUCUACUGUGAAUCCAAGAGUGAACGCAGUUGCGCAGCGUGGUGUACUGUAUUUCUCUGGGACCUGGUCCUGUAACCAGGGGGUCGCGGCAGGAUCGAUUCCAAAACAGGGCAUUGCUGCAGGCAAAAAAAUACCUGCUACUUCAGUACUGCUUCUGCAAAAGUACCAAAAGAAUGUAACCUAAAUUGCUCUAGUACAUAUCCAGCACUAAACGGGUACAAUGCAAGAUACUUUAUGUAGGGGUUUGCUAAGGUGACGAACAAUGUAACAUUCAUAAGCAUGAAGAGCAAACAUUAGAAUUUUUAGAAUUAGAAUUAGGGUUGUCUUUUUCCACUAAUAAUAGGCCAGUUUUAUAACAAGAGACAGAAGGGAGAAGUGAUACUGUACAAUGGAUGUAAACACUAAUUAACAACAAAGGAAUGACUUUUGUACUGUUUUACAUUCUGAAUUAUUUUGCUAUUCAAUGAUUUCACAUUAUUAUUAUUUAAAAUAAAUA